AACCAGCAGGUGGCGAUAUUGCGUUCUACGCCAGUGACACUGACGAGGCGCUUGUCUUGGCUUUAUGGAGUCACAUCACUGACGGAGCGAUGUAAAUAAUCUAUUUAAAAUUGCAUUUCAGUUAAUUCAGCUACUAUGGGGAAAAGAGACAACAGGAUUGCUUAUGUAAAUCCUAUAGCUGUUGCUAGAUCACGUGGGCCAGCUGCCUCAUCGGGCCCAUCAAUACAGGAUUAUCUGAACAGGCCCAGGCCCACAUGGGAAGAAGUUAAAGAACAGCUUGAAAAGAAAAAGAAAGGCUCCCGCACUCUGGCUGAAUUUGAAGAAAAAAUGAAUGAUACAUGGAAAAAAGAGCUUCAGGAAAAUAGAGAGAAGUUACUUGGGGGAAGUGAAGGCUCUUCAAAAAAUAAAGAGAAAAAACGGAAAGUAAAGAAGAAAUCCAACAGGCAUUCUUCAUCUUCCUCCUCUUCAUCAAGUUCUGAUUCUUCUAGCAGCUCCCCUGACUCUGAUGAUGAGGAAGAAAAGAAGCAUAUUAAAAAGAAGCAAAAAAGGAAGCACAGCUCUGCCAGGAAAUUAUCUGUGGGCUCUGAAUCUCAAUCUGAUGUUGACAGUAAGAGUCUUCUAGAGUCUUCAAAAAAGAAAAAAAAGAAACCCAGGGAGGACUCGAUGAAAGAUAAGGAUGAGAGUUAUGGCAGCAAAAGGAUGAGGAAAAGUGAGUCUUCGGCUGAUACGGACACUGAUAUCGAUGUACCAUUGAAGAAAAAGAGAAGUAGUGAAGAGAAAGACAGAACCACAGAUAAAUCAAAGAAGAAAAAGAAGCACAAGAAGCAUGGAAGGAAGAAGAAAAAGAAGGUCUCUGGUUCCAGACUUAGAGUAACAUGUGAAGUGGGGUGUGCCCGGAUCAAGCUGCAAUGAGAAGAUAGUAUUCUACAGAAAGACACUAUUUUAAAUCUUUACCAAAAAAAAACUACUAAAAUUACAAAAAGAGCAUGACUUGACCACCCCGAUGAUGUUUUCUGUUUUGUAAAAGUUAAUUUCAUACUGACAAACUGUUUUUUAAAUGUUCCACUAGUCUGGAAGUUUUUUUUUUAUUAUUAUUAAAUGGGCUAAGCUGCAGUAUAUAGUGGUGAUUUGCCUAAUAUACACUUGUUCCUUGUUAGAAAUACAUGAAAUAGAGCUGUGAAGAAAACCUGAAUAUAUUACUGGAUACUUUAAUUGUUCAAAUUACAGUGUACAAGCCCACUUCUAGCAAAACUAAUUAUAUAAAGAACGUACCUUCAGGUGCACAGAGGUAACACAUUUUCAUUUGGUUUUCUGGCUAUUCAUCUAUGUUCUAUCUAAAAACUGUAGUUGCAUACAGCAACAUACAUUUUACUAAAUAGACAUGAAUGCAAUUUUAAUAAAAAUAUCUAUUGUUAUAACCAGCGCUCCAGAUAAGCUUUUGGUUCGUUGAGUUAUUUACUGUCCAAUGUAGACACUGACUAAAAAGGUAUUUCGGGUGAGUAAAAUGCAGCAAUUACAGCUGUGAGUCUGUUGGGAUAGGUCUCUACCAACUUUGCACACCUAGAUUUGGCAAUAUUUGACCAUUCUUCUUGGGGAGCGUUGAUGGACAGCAAUCUUCAAGUCAUGCCACCAAUUUUCGAUUGGAUUUAGGUCAGGGCUCUGGGCAACUCAAGGAUAUUUACCUUUUUGUUCCUUAGCCACUCCAGUGUAGCUUUGGCUGUGUGCUUUGGGUCGUCAUGCUGAAAAGGUGAACUUCCGUCCCGCUUCCGUUUCAGCUUUCUUGCAGAGGGCAGCAGGUUUUCCUCAAGGACUCUGUACUGUGCUCCAUUCAUUUUCCUUUCUAUCCUGACAAGUGCCCCAGUCCCUGCCGAUGAGAAACAUCCCUAUAACAUGAUGCUGCCACCACCAUGCUUCACAGUAGGGAUGGUGUCCUUUGGGUGAUGCGUUGUGUUGGGUUUGUGCCAAACAUAACGCUUUGCAUUUAGGCCCUAAAGUUCCAUUUUAGUUUCGUCAGACCACAAAACUUUUUGCCACAUGGCUACAGAAUCUCCUGGGUGUUUUUUUGCAUACUUCAAACGGGAUUCAAGGUGGGCUUUCUUGAGUAAUGCUUCCUUCUUGCCACCCUACCAUACAGGUCAGAUUUGUGGAGUGCUUGGGGAUAUUGUUGUCACAUACACACAUUGACCAGUCUUGGCCAUAAAAGCCUGUAGCUCUUGCAAAGUUGCCGUUGGCGUCUUGGUAGCCUCUCUGAUCAGUCUCCUUCUUGCUCGGUCAUCCAGUUUGGAGGGACGGUCUGAUCUAGGCAGGGUCUUGGUGGUGCCAUACACCUUCCACUUCUUAAUAAUUGUCUUGACUGUGCUCCAAGGGAUAUUCAAUGCCUUUGAUAUUUUUUUUAUACCCAUCCCCUGAUCUGUGCCUUUCAACAACUUUGUCCCGGAGUUCUUUUGAAAGCGUCUUGGUGCUCAUGGUUGAGUCUUUGCUUUGAAAUGCACUACCCAGCAGAGGAACCUACAGGAACUGUGGAAUUUAUCCUGAAAUCAUGUGAAUCACUACAAUUUAACACAGGUGGAGGUCACUUAGCUUGGCGUGUGAUUUUAAAGGUGACUGGUUACAUCUAAGAUAAUUUAGGAUUGCUAUUACAAGGGGGGUGGACAUUUAUCCAACCAAGCUAUUUUAGUUUUUAUUUUGAAUUAAUUUUUAGAAUAUUUUUUUCACUUGGAAGUUGUGGGGUAGGAUGUGUAGAUAAAUUAAUGAGAUUAUGGGAUCAAUAAGCAACUAACAAUCAAACGAGCAAGAUGGGCCGAAUGGCCUCCUCUCGUUUGUAAACUUUCUUAUGUUUCUGAACUGGACAUUGCACAAUGAUAUGAAUUCUUAUUUCUUACCGUGUACAGUAUAUUUUGUUUGAAUGAAGUUAUGCAUUUAAAAAAAUAUAUAUUACAAAGUUAUUUUUUUUGUAUUAAUUGUAAUUUUAGUUUGAAAAUGUUUCCUUGAUAGAACAUAAGAACAUAAGAAAGUUUACAAACGAGAGGAGGCCAUUCGGCCUAUCUUGCUCAUUUGGUUGUUAGUAGCUUAUUGAUCCCAGAAUCUCAUCAAGCAGCUUUUUGAAGGAUCCCAGGGUGUCAGCUUCAACAACAUUCCUGGGGAGUUGGUUCCAGACCCUCACAAUUCUCUGUGUAAAAAAGUGCCUCCUAUUUUCUGUUCUGAAUGCCCCUUUAUCUAAUCUCCAUUUGUGACACCUGGUCAUUGUUUCUUUUUUCAGGUCGAAAAAGUCCCCUGGGUCGACACUGUCAAUACCUUUUAGGAUUUUGAAUGCUUGAAUCGGAUCACCCCGUAGUCAUCUUUGUUCAAGACUGAAUAGAUCCUUCUUCAAUUUCAGUAUCUCCCAUAUGAUAUUUAUAAUGCACAUUUUUAUUGCCUGCGUGCAGUACCUUACACUUUUCUCUAUUAAAUGUCAUUUGCCAUGUG